GUCACGGAGGGUUCCACUCAAGGCCUGGAAGGAAGCAGGUUCACACGAGGGAAAAGCUACUUAAACUUUUAUGCACAGAAGGCCUCAAGGCAGCCUCCUAGAAGCCAAAGGCUACGCCGCCUGAUUGCGUCCCAGGAUAUUGGAGAGACAAGGCGAGUGAGGUCAGAUCUUUUCUUGGACCAACUUCUAUUGGGGAGACAGGGGAAAGCUUCCAAGCCACUGGGAUCCAUCCGGCCUCCCCCAACAGUCACAAAGACUCUGGUUCACCUCUGCAUUGGCCCACUGCAAGACCCAGCCCAGUUCGGGAGGAAAACUUCUCACUCUCCGGCUACCUUCCCAAGAUCCGCACCCACCCGCCUCCCCGGAAUUUUCACCCUUCCACUCGGCUGCCUUCUCAGGAGAGGUGGAGUGAUGACCGACACCAUGCUGCUGCUCUGGGUAUUUGCCCGUCUUGCUUUUACAGAUGCAUUUAUCUCUGGGGACAGUACAGAUGACCUCAAGGCUCUGAGCGUCUCCAUCGCCAAACACCCUCCUAUCCGGGCAGUGCUGUCGGGCACCCUCACCAUCCCUUGCCACGUCACCUACGUGCGUCCCCUGGCCACCUCCAGCACGGCAGGGCGCCGGGCAGUGCUGGGGGCGCCCCGGGUCAAAUGGACCUUCGUCUCAGAGGGGAAGGAGGCGGAGAUCCUGGUGGCCCGGGGGCAGAAGGUAAAGGUGAGCGAAGGCUACCGCCACCGUGUCUCCUUGCCCUUCUACCCGGCCUCGCCCACUGAUGCCACGUUGGUGCUGAGCGAGCUCCGGUCCAACGACUCUGGGAUCUACCGCUGUGACGUGCAGCACGGCAUAGAGGAUGGGCAUGACCUCGUGCAGGUGAAGGUCAAAGGGGUGGUGUUCCUUUACCGGGAGGGCUCCACACGCUACGCUUACACCUUUGCCAAGGCUCAGGAGGCCUGUGCCAGGAUAGGGGCACAGAUCGCUACCCCUGAACAGCUGUAUGCUGCUUAUCUCAGUGGCUACGAGCAAUGCGACGCAGGCUGGAUUGCGGACCAGACGGUCAGGUACCCCAUCCAGACCCCUCGUGAGGCUUGUUAUGGAGACAUGGAUGGGCUCCCGGGUGUCCGUAACUACGGCGUCGUGGACCCAGAAGAUGUGUAUGAUGUGUACUGUUACGUUGAAGAUCUGCAUGGAGAACUCUUUUUCGGGACAGCCCCAGACAAAUUCACCCUGGAGGAGGCCAAGGCGCACUGUCAGGAGCUGGGAGCAGAGAUAGCGACACCAGGCCAGAUGUAUGCCGCCUGGAAUGAAGGACUGGACCACUGCAGCUCGGGCUGGCUGGCUGACGGCAGUGUCCGCUACCCCAUUGUCACCCCCCGGGAACGGGGCGGCGGGAGCCUGCCGGGAGUCAAAACCAUCUUCCUGUUCCGGAACCAGACUGGAUUCCCUGAUGCCCAGAGCAGAUACGAUGUGUAUUGCUUUCGAGAAGAGACAGACUCUUUCACCGAGUCACCAGAAAAACACCGAGCCACUGUUCCCGAGGGCCUCAAGGAGAUUGUGACAGUGACAGAACAGAUGGAGGAGCUGCAGCUACCCACAGCGGAAGUGGAGAAUGAGUCGAGAGGGGCCAUCUACACUAUCCCUCUUUUUCAGGCCACAACUGACGCUGAGAUGCCAAGGCCAAGCAGUGUCCCCGAAGAAGCCCCUAUUCCUGUCUCCCAGGGAUCCCCAAUAAAUAAUUCCAUCACCUCCGAUCUAGGACUUCACUUGCCACCACAAUCCCCCGAGAGCCCGGCCAGUCCUGAGGCAGGUCUGAUGAGCUAUGGAGCAAAACCAGGGAGCCCAGCGUCUCCACAUGAGGAUGGGAGAAAAGGGGGAAGUAGAAAUUGCACAGAGCCACCCAGGAAUGAGGAAGAGCAUGGAACUGACCCAGCGCAAACCUUGAGGUCUUCAUUGGAGGGAGAGAACGUGACGGCUGCCAUAGAGGAGACAACCCACAGCAGCCAGCAGAGAUCAGAUGGGGUGCCGAAACUAGUUCAUCCCACUGCAGUGUUUGUGGGAGAGCCAUGGUCCAGGGCCUUCCACACACAGGCAGACAUGACUGAUGGAGACUUGACCACCAGCCCUACGCAUGUGCCAGCAGAAAUCUCAACGAAACUAGCCGGAUCCAGCGAUGCGCUCCAUCCCAAUGUGUCUCAUGGUCCCAUUGGGUCGCACCCUGCGCCCGGAGAGGAAGCCACAGUAGAAGGCAGUACUGCUGAUGUCUUUGAGGCUCAUCUCCCGGGAGUAAGCGGUGAAGUGGAUUUCAUCCCUGGUUCCAGGAAGGUGGAUGUGCUGGAGCCGCCGGCUCGUAACACCAGCUCCAGGGUCAUGGAGGAGGACUCUGGGGUGCUAGAGCCCACUCCUACAGCUGCGGCUUCUGCUGCCCCCACUGCAGGGUGGGAGGGAGAAGAUCCCAAACAACCAGGCCAGGAGGCCGGUGAUGGAGAGCUUUCUACGUACCGUACCCUGACCUACACUUCCUCACCGAGUAGGCUUGUUUCUGGAUUGAGCAGCACACGCUUCCCUGACCCGGGCAGACACCUGGGUGCUGCUGAAGAUGCAGAGCUAUCUGGAGAGGCAGCUCUGGCUACAGCAUGGCCAGAAGGCACCCCAGUGAUUCAGGAUACCCUGCUCUCGGUACCCCCUGGUUUGGGAACGUCCCACCUCCAGGAGAGCGAGGAACACUCGGGUUCUACUUGGCUUCCGCUGCCCGCCGCCACCCGCUCCCAGGUGGAGGACACAGGCUCUGUCUCCCGACCUGAGGGGACGGUGACUGUUUCACACACAGAAGCAGGCCAGGUCCAUACCGCACUGCCCCCCGGUGGGGAAUCUCCAGCCGAGAACGACACCCAGAUGGUGGGACGUGAGUUGGUGGCGCCGCCUGACUCCAGCGUGCGCGGCCCCAUCACCUCUGAGGAGGAGGAGACUGAUGAAGAGCAAAUUGUUCCCUCCGCUACCAUGACAACGGCAGCCUUAUCCCCCACGGGUACUCCCGGAGAACUAGAACGGGACGGGUGUUCGUCUGCCCCCAAGGACGGUCUCACCUCCCUCCCUGCAGAUGUCUCCAAAGAAGCAUCGGGCCCGGCAUUGGAGGGGAUCCCUUUCACAGAUGCCCCUUUGACCGCCACCCGCCCUCUCCCCGUCCUGCCAACAGACAGCGCCAGCCUGGGAGCGGGGGUGAACAUUUCAGGUGACUGCAUCCCAAACCCUUGUAUGAACGGAGGGACCUGCAGCGAAGAAAGAGACCGCGUCAGCUGCAUAUGUCUGCCAGGCUAUGGAGGAGUCACCUGUGAAACAGAUCUGGAGAAGUGCAGCUCGGGCUGGGACAACUUCCAGGGGUCCUGCUACAAACAUUUCUCCACCCGAAGAAGUUGGGAGGAUGCGGAAACUCAGUGCAGGCGCUACGGGGGCCACCUGGCCAACAUCAUGACGCCGGAAGAGCAGGACUUCAUCAACACUCAGUAUAAGGAAUAUCAGUGGAUCGGCCUGAACGACCGAACCAUCGAAGGCGAUUUUCAGUGGUCCGACGGGAGCCCGGUGCUCUAUGAGAACUGGCACCUCGGGCAGCCGGACAGUUACUUCCUGUCUGGAGAAAACUGUGUGGUCAUAGUGUGGCAUGACGGGGGCCAGUGGAGUGACGUGCCUUGUAACUAUCACCUGUCCUACACCUGUAAAAUGGGUCUAGUGUCUUGCGCCCCUCCGCCCGAGAUAGCGAACGCCCACUGGUUUGGCAAACCAAAGCAACGCUAUGAGAUCAACUCCAUCGUACGGUACCGGUGUCUGGAUGGUUUCACCCAGCGCCACUCACCCGUGGUUCGGUGCCAGGAGGACGGCCGGUGGGAGCAGCCGCAGCUCAGCUGUGAGCCGAGACUGGGCCAAACCCUCGAUGAGUGAGGAUGAACCCAACAUGGAAGACAUCCCAUCCCAGAACAAUGGGGUCAAUUCUCAAUGGAAACAGAACUGGGAUUUUUGUUUUGGUUUUUUUUGUAAAACAGCCUGAAAACCAGCAGGAAAAGCACCGAAGCCUUCCUCCCUUUCACGUUUUUUGUGUAUAAAGAAUUUCUAAUGACUAAAGAUUCCCUUUAAAAAAAAAAAGUCAACAGCAACAUAAAAUGUAACUGUUCACACUGGGCACAGAGUAUUAUUUUUUU